AUGGAUGAAUACAUUCGAUUAUCAAAUAUACAAGCAAAUUUCCAAAAAAUUUGCAGAACUUGUUUAUUAGAAAAAGAUAACUUACGAGGAAUUUUUGGUAUUGUAGAUUUAUUAAAGGAAUGUACUUCAAUACAAAUUGACAUGACGGAUGAUUUACCAAAAUUAAUUUGCGUUGAAUGCAUUAACAAACUAAAUACUGCGUUUGAAUUUAGAAAACAAUGUGAUGUGUCUCAAAAAAUUCUACUACAACUAAGAGAAUUUGGGGUACCACCUGUUAAACUUGAAGAUGACGCAAAUGACAUUGAUAUUAAAUCGGAAGAUUCUUAUAAUAUAAACGACGAUAAUUUCGAUACAUGCGAUGAAAGUAAUAAACUCAAAACUAACAGUGAAUUUAGUUAUAUGAAUGUUAAACCGUUAAGUAAUGUAGAAGGCUUUACUGAAACUACCACAAGCGAUGAUAAAAAUAUUUUGGAUUCAGCCAAGAAAAAUAUUAACUUAGAAAGUACAAAGACUAAAACUGGAAAGAAUAGUUUACCAAGUGAUGUCAAAAAGAAACCUUCAAAAAAGAAACUAAAGACAGAAAAUAGUGAUUUAAUUAAUGACGAUGACGAUUGGGAUGACAUUCCUAAAAUUAAAAAAACUAAAGGUAAAGGUGUCAAAAAUGCUAAAAGUACUAAAAAACCUACAAAACAGAAGGUAAAGAAGAAAGUGGAAGUGAAGGAAGAGGAGAAAAAAGAUGACGAUACUCCUGAAACUGGAUUACCAUGUCCGAAAUGUAAAAGACGUUUUGAAUUAGAACCAGAUUUAGAACUUCAUAUGCUGAAACAUCAAAAAUUUGAAUAUUUUAUUUGUCCUAAAUGCUCAAAAUCAUUCAGAACUGAGAAGAGUUUAAAACAACAUUUCGAUACACAUAUGAUUAACAAACCAUAUAAAUGUACUGUUUGUGAUCAACGUUUUUCGAUGUCGGGGGAUCGGAAUCGCCAUAUUGUGCGGAUUCAUACAGGUGAAACACCUUACGUAUGCGCGUCAUGUGGUAAACGGUUUGCAGAUUCAAGUAAAUUGGCACGUCACAUGAAAUAUCAUCUUAAUAUUAGAAAAUUCGAAUGUACAGUUUGUUCUAAAAGAUUUAUGUCUUCAUCAGAGCAUCGAAUUCAUAUGCGUAAACAUACUGGUGAAAAACCUUAUUUAUGUACAGAAUGUGGAAAAGGUUUUAGUCACGCUGAUAACUACAAAAUACAUAAACUAAAACAUACAGGAGAACGCCCGUUUCCAUGUACAGAAUGUGACAAGAGUUUUCUUUCUAAAACACAUUUAAAAUCUCAUAUGCUUUCUCAUACUGGCGAAAAACCGUUUGUGUGUGAAAUAUGUAAUAUGGGUUUUGGUAGAAAACAUAAUAUGAUUAUACAUGUUCGAACCCAUACUGGUGAGAGACCGUACAGUUGUGAUAUUUGUGAUAAGACUUUUAUAUCUAAUAAGAAUAUAGCAGCCCAUAAACGAACGCAUCAUAAAGAAAAAGAGGAAAAAAUACCAAUCUAUUUGGGAUAUAAUAAAUUAACAUACUAAAACAACAACAUGAAUCCACAGGAUAAUGUAUAUUUCUAGUUUGUGUUUAUACAGCACAGAAAAAAGAGCUGAGUAAUAUUUUGGAUCAGUACUUUGAAACCUUAUCUAAUACUCCUUCUACGAUAGCUAAACACGAAGUGAACUAGGUUGAGAAAUUGGUCCAACUCACAAAUUUCUAAAUAUUUUUUUUUCCGAAAAAAAAAAUGUUC